AUGUUGAGGUGCUUCGUGCUUGCUGCAGUGUUGGCGCUGCUCACGCUGGCUCCGCCAGCACGGGCCGGCAUCCCGUUCACAGAGCAGGACCUGGCGUCGGAGGAGAGCCUGCGAGCGCUGUACGAGCAGUGGCGCAGCCACUACAUGGUGUCGCGCCCAGGCUUGCAGGAACAGGACGACAAAGCGCGGCGGUUCAACGUGUUCAAGGAGAACGUGCGGUACAUCCACGAGGCGAACAAGAAGGACCGGCCAUUCAGGCUGGCGCUGAACAAGUUCGCGGACAUGACCAUGGACGAGUUCCGGUGGACGUACGCCGGCUCCAGGACGCGGCACCACCGCGCCCUGAGCGGCGGGAGAGGCCACGGCGAGGGGAGCUUCAUGUAUGGCGAAGCUGGGAACCUGCCGCCGGCCGUGGACUGGCGUCAGCGGGGCGCGGUCACCGGUAUCAAGGACCAAGGCCAGUGCGGGAGCUGCUGGGCGUUCUCGACCAUCGCGGCUGUGGAGGGCAUAAACAAGAUCAGGACCGGGAAGCUGGUGUCGCUGUCGGAGCAGGAGCUCGUGGACUGCGACGACGUCGACAACCAAGGCUGCAACGGUGGCCUCAUGGACUACGCGUUCCAGUACAUCAAGAGGAACGGAGGGAUCACUACCGAGUCCAACUAUCCGUAUCUUGCCGAUCAGAGGAGCUGUAACAAGGCAAAAGAACGAUCCCAUGACGUGACAAUAGAUGGAUAUGAGGAUGUCCCUGCUAACAAUGAAGAUGCUUUACAGAAAGCGGUCGCAAACCAGCCAGUGGCCAUUGCAAUUGAGGCUAGCGGCCAAGAUUUCCAGUUCUACUCAGAGGGUGUCUUCACUGGAAGCUGUGGGACGGACCUAGACCAUGGAGUCGCCGCUGUUGGGUACGGUACAACUCGAGAUGGCACUAAAUAUUGGAUAGUGAAGAACUCCUGGGGCGAGGACUGGGGUGAGAGGGGCUAUAUCAGAAUGCAACGAGGCAUCUCGGACUCGCAAGGGCUCUGUGGCAUUGCAAUGGAGCCGUCUUACCCAACUAAAACAGCAACACAUGGUGCCAUCAUGACCGAUGGGCAUGCAUCCUAUUAA